AGGGUAACAGAAUCAUUGAUGCUUCUGCUGGCAGAGGAGUGAGUCAGACCAGCUAAUGACUGAACACAAGCUGGUAACUGCUCACUCGCUCCCCUCCCCAGUCUUUCUGCCUUUAAAUCAGAAACACUAACUAAGCCAGAGCUGGCUGCGUAGACAGCGGUACAGGCUUCUUUCUGUUCAAAUUCCAUUGCUGCUGUUAUGAGGAUUGACUGUGGAAGAGGAAGUUUGAGAUUGCAAACCAGAGUGUUCAACUUUCCUGCUAUGAUCUGAGUCUGUGCAUUUAGGACUAUCUUCCAGGUUCCCAGAAAUCAUGUCAGUAGGAUCACAUUCAUUCUCCCCAGGAGGUCCUAAUGGGAUCAUUAGAAGCCAGUCCUUUGCUGGCUUCAGUGGUCUUCAAGAAAGGCGAUCCAGGUGCAACUCCUUUAUUGAAAAUUCCUCUGCACUCAAGAAACCCCAGGCAAAAGUGAAGAAGUCACACAAUUUGGGACACAAGAACAGCAGCACUGCUAAAGAGCCUCAGCCUGAAAGGAUGGAAGAGGUUUACAAGGCAUUAAAGAACGGACUCGAUGAAUAUCUAGAAGUGCAUCAGACAGAGCUGGAUAAGCUGACUGCUCAGUUAAAGGACAUGAAAAGAAACUCACGCCUGGGGGUGCUGUACGAUCUGGACAAGCAAAUGAAAGCAAUUGAAAGGUAUAUGAGAAAGCUGGAGUUCCACAUAAGCAAGAUAGAUGAACUUUUUGAAGCCUAUUGUAUCCAAAGACGGCUCCGCGAUGGUGCCAGCAAAAUGAAGCAAGCCUUUGGGCUGUCUCCUGCCAGCAAGGCGGCUCGGGAGAGCUUGUCAGAAAUCAACAAAAGUUACAAAGAGUACACAGAGAACAUGUGUACUAUUGAAGGAGAGCUGGAGAAUCUAAUGGGGGAGUUCUGUAUCAAGAUGAAAGGUCUGGCUGGCUUUGCUCGACUUUGUCCUGGAGAUCAGUAUGAGAUUUUCAUGCGGUAUGGCCGACAGAGGUGGAAGCUGAAAGGCAAAAUAGAAGUCAACGGCAAGCAGAGCUGGGAUGGAGAAGAAAUGAUCUUCCUCCCCCUUAUUGUUGGGCUAAUCUCCAUUAAGGUCACAGAAGUUAAAGGCCUUGCCAAUCACAUUCUGGUGGGAAGCGUCACCUGUGAAACGAAAGAGUUGUUUGCUGCUCAGCCUCAGGUUGUUGCUGUGGACAUUAAUGACCUUGGCACGAUAAAGCUGAACCUGGAAAUCACCUGGCACCCGUUUGAUGUUGAGGACAUGACCCCAUCCACAAGCAACGCAAACAAAGCAUCUGCUCUCCAAAGAAGGAUGUCCAUGUACAGUCAAGGCACUCCGGAAACACCCACUUUCAAGGACCACACAUUCUUUUCAAAUUUACAUGAUGAUGUCUUUGAAAAUGGGACAACGGAAGUUGAGCAACGACCAGUGUCUAUCUGCUUCAACGGCAUUUCCAAUGGACAUUGCACUCAGUCAUCCAGUUCAAUUGGUUCCUCUUCUGAUAUGGAUAAUUUUAAUCCUGAAAUUACUAUCACGCUUCCAGAACGGAAUGGGCAGAAGUCAUCAAAAACUCACGCCGUGGAUAAUAUUAGUACCAGCUCAUCAGUGGACUCCACACCCGAAUCAAAGGACUCAAAGUCACAAGAACCCAUGCCAGUUAGUGAGGGGGAAAAGAUUUCUAAUAUAGAUUCUGAAGUUUGCCAAACAUCUCCAGCUUCCAGAAGCAAUAACCUUUUCCUAGAUAACAGUCCCCCAGUAUCUCUUCUACAGGACACAGAUGAAUUAUCGGAGCUCAAACCUGUGGAAUUGGACACUUUUGAAGGCAAUAUCACUAAGCAGCUUGUAAAAAGACUCACUUCAGGAGAAGGUCCAGCCACACCAGAAAAACUGCACUGUGAAGGAUCAAUCAGUGGAGAAUCCAACAGCUAUAAAUCCUGUAUAGAUGGAAGCCUAGAAGAAGCAUUUCAGGGGCUGCUUUUAGCACUUGAGACUCAUAAAGAACAAUUUAAAGAAUUUCAGGAUUUGGAUCAAGAAGUAACACACCUGGAUGAAAUUCUCAAAUGCAGACCACCCGAAAACCAGAGCAGAUCACCCAGUGUAAGCCUAACCGUUGAAAGCGCUUUGGAAAGCUUUGAUUUCUUAAGCACUUAUGACUUCGAAGAGGAUGAAGGCGGCAUGGAUCAGCUUUGCAAUGGCGGUGGCCAAGGGUCUGACUGUGUCUUCUCAGACUCCGAGACUGAGAAUAACAGUUACAGGUCAGAACACCCAGAAGCCAGAGGGCAUCUCAGUGAAGCACUGACAGAAGACUCAGGACUUGGAACCAGUGUAGCUGGAAGCCCUCUGCCAUUAACCACAGGGAAUAAAAGCCUUGAUCUCGCCAUAGUCAAGCACUUGCAAUAUUGCACACAGCUUGUUCAGCAAAUUACAUUUUCCAACAAAACUCCGUUUGUAACAAGAAAUCUCCUAGAUAAACUAUGCCAACAGAUUCUAGUGAUCCAGUAUCUUGCAGAGAUAAGCAAUGAGAACACAGGGAACAUCAGACCUAUAAGUGAAGCAAUUCCAGAAUUCCAGAAAAGGAUCUCCCUCCUCUCCUUCUGGAAUAAAUGUAUAUCCCACACUUCUGGGAUGUACCACACCUCUGCAGACAAGCUGAUCAAACAGUUGGACAUCACAUAUGCUACAACUGUGAAUGAGGAGUUUCCAGGGCUUGCAGAAACAGUGUUCAAAACUUUGGUGUGUCAUAUCUUGGACCGAGCAGAGCCUAUCCUCUCUUCUAGUCUGUCUUUGGAAAUUAUGACAAUCUUUCAGUACUGCAACUACUUUGUGAACAAAAGUGUUACUGACCUGGGAAGCUAUUUGCUUCAGCUGGCAAAAGAAGCUUCGACAGUUCAGACUCUGCAGUCCUUGAGAGAUGAAAAGUGCUUGCAGAAUGUGAUCCCAUUAAGCUCUAUCAGUCUUCCACCUCAACAAGAAGUGCUGAAAUUUUUGGCUGUCCUUCUUCUAACUGAGAAUAAAAAAGAGACUUGUGAAGCUGCUGCAUCAGUCUUAUUAGCGGCUGCAGAAGACAAGCACUUCAGGGAAAAGGCUUUAAUGUAUUACUGUGAAAUGCUUGCACAGCCCAGCCUCCACCUCCAAAAGGCAGCUUGCCUGGCAGUCAAAUGCCUCCAGGCAACUGAGAGUAUUAAAAUGUUAGUCACACUUUGCAAGUCUGAUAACGAAGACAUCAGAAAAGUGGCCUCUGAAACUUUGCUCUCUCUUGGAGAGGAUGGACGGCUGGCAUACGAGCAGCUGGAUAAAUUCCCCCGUGACUUCAUUAAAGUUGGUGGACGACGUGGGACUGAGGUGGCCACAGCCUUUUAAGUCAUCCAAUCUGCCGGGCAAACAAAUGUCUAACAGUCUGAGCGGCUGCUUGUAUUAAUCUCAAUGGUGCUGCAAGAACGAAACUGCAAGAAUGAAAACCAGGCCUUUUGAAGGACACUCUGAAACUCACAGAUGUUCAAAGAAGAAAAGUCUAUGCAGAAUCUAACUUUGGGCUCCUGUUGUCUUUUACCUGUCUCUUAGGAAACAGUGACCUGUCCAGAAUUUAAGAUUAUUUUAAUUGCUUCUGAAUGAAAUUAUGUGGUUGCUGUACAUCAGCUUUGAGGCAUUUUUUUUUUUGCAGAAUUUGGUGUUUGUUUUGUGGGUGUUAUUGCAUCCGCUUAAAACACGUGAUUCUCUUCCUGAAACAGUGAGCUGAACAAAGGAAGGUAAGCAGUAGCUCGUACUGUCGACUCAAUUGAGCCUCUGAUCCUUUUUGGUGUCACUCACAGCAAAGUUUAAGACAAACUAAAAAAGGUGGCCUACCUUUAACAACAGCUGCUUGCAAACACCAGGCGCUGUCAGUUCACUGACUCAUUUUAGAUUUCCAUCCUUUUCCCACACUCUCUGAUAAUGAACGCUCAUUAAGCCAGAGAUUUUCUUUUGUUGUCAAGCGUGUGUGUGUGUGUGUGUGGGUUGCAAACCACAAAUGGAAAGUUACACGUGUUACUUUUCCCAGAGAAAGAGCAAAAUGUAUUCAAUACCCUUUUUUUAAAAAAAAAACAUUAAAAUCCUGGCUCCUAUUUUUCCCUGUAAGGUUUUGAAAAGAAGAAAAAGUUGAGCAUGUGAGAAUCCAUUAUAUUGAUUUCAGUAUAACUGAGAACAAAUGGCAGAGUUGUUAGGGACUGUUAGGAAACAGGCUCUGCAGAAUCCUCCUUGCAAAACGUAAGGGGGUCUGUGUUGUGUGAAGAUGUUUUCAAUAAAGCCCUUGCAUCACUGAUGAUACACCCUAAAUGCUGGUUGUUGCUAAGCAACCGCUGGCAACAAGGUUUAGUCAGUAUUUGAAGUUUUUUUGUAAUGGUCCGAUAGUACCACGACCACCUUUUGCCAAAUAACAUUGGCAAAACAGUAUUUUUGAUUGUAAAUGUUAAAAACCUGUACAUAUGUCUGUAUAUUUAUAAAUUAUAUAUAUUCUCUGAUUAAAAGCUACAUUUGUACAGCCAGACCUAAGCAUUUUACUGAGGGAAACCGUCUUUUGACAACAUGUGAAAUAAUUAUGAUUUGGUUUUUACAGCAUGUGGCUCCUAAGAGUCUUUCAUUCUCUUCUUUUGUACUGACUUCUUUUUGCUUUCUAGUUUUUGUGGUAUUUAUACUUCUCAUAUUUACAGCGACAGUUAAGUUAUAAUAAAGAUUAUUUUUUGAGUUACUAAA